AUGCGCGCGGGAGUUUCAUCAUCGCAAAAUUCGUUCACGGCGGCGGCUUUGCCUGUACAUCGUCCGCAUCGUCGACAUCGCAUCUCGUCGAGGUGCGCUCGAAAGAGUACCACGAACAACAACAACGACGACGACUCGAGGAAGAAGACAACUAACCUGAAGUCCUUAACCUCCACUUUUAACGAAUUUCGAAGACGAAGAAGACACUCUCGAGGCGCUUCACGACUCGAGAAGAACAACGCUUUAAGAAGCGACGACGACGAUUUGGGGGCUUUGGAGGACACGAAGAACAACUUUGAAGAAGAAGGAGAACAACCGAACGGCAUCGACGGAAUGACGCUGUGGUUCGCCCUCGGGUUCGUCUUUGAUUUCAUGACCCCAUCCUCGGCAGAGUGCAGGAAAAUCAUCCGAGCCGCGGCGGAACAAAACAGAGUCGUGUUAAAAAACGUGUCCCAGUGGAGGAAACUCCAGUGGGAGAAAGCGGCGAAAGAACACGUGGUUUUAAGAAACGCGCACACGCCGUUACCGGGGUGUCGAGGGUAUCGCGUGUGCUGGCAAUCCUCGGCACAAAACGGAGGGGAGUGCUCUCACGGGGAUUUACUCCUGAUAUUCGUCCCGAGCACGAGGAAGUAUCACAGGGAGGAAGAUUUUAGGAAAGGGUUCGAUUGCGGGCCGCCGCAAAGCGCGAGAGAGAAAGAAGGUGAAGAGAGCGAGAACGACGACGUCGAGGACGAGGACGAGGACGAGGACGAACAGAAAAAGAAGAAAAAAACGACGAAGAAAAAGAAGAAGUCGGUCGUGAAGAGCGCGAAGGAGGUUUUGGACGCCUUGGAUAGAAUCUCGAAAGUGAACGAACAGUUGUGGUACGUUCGAGAGAGAAUAUUGAAGAACGGAGAGGGCAUCGACGUGGACGCGCUGGCGGAGAGCACGAAGAAGAGCUUAGGGGAUAAAGGCGACGGUGUCGGCGCGCCGGGUUCUUCGAGCUCGUCGAUGUCGUCUCCAUCGUCGUCGUCGUCGUCGAAACAAAAAGAAGACGGGGACGACGACGAGGCUAAGAGAACCGACGAAGAAAACUCCAAUAGUGGCGAUGAAGACGACGACGACGAUUCCAACAUCGCCACCAUGGAUAAGUACGGGUCACCAGAACAAGCUUGGGAAAACGGUCAAGGUGCCGAUGCCGUCUCUUUGUGGUUACGAUUUAAUAUUAACUUUGAUUUCCACGGGCCGGCUGGUUUCGUCAAUCGAUCGGUGGUCAAAGUCGCCGCGGAAGAGAAAGGCAUACAAACCUCUCAGUGCGAGAGUUGGCCAAAACACACGUGGAUCGAUGUGGCUGAAAGAGCUGGGGUGACGUUCAAGUCCUCACACGCGGCCAUUUCGCAGUGCGGUCGAGGGUGGAAGCUCUGUUGGGUGGACGACGACGUCAACAUUACGAUGAAAGGCAAACGCGCGGUAUCGUCAUCGGCUGAUAACACCACGAGCGACGACGCUGAGGAUUCAGACAGCACCAGCGACGAACGUCGACGACGCCGACGAGGGGGCGACGGCACGAGCUCGAGUCAUUUAGACGACGCGUCGAGUGGAGGCGUGCCUCAAGCCUUCGUGUGGGUGCCGGAAACGGCCAAGUAUUACACGUUUGGCGCGGCGUUGAAGAACAAACGCUCAAAAAUCGCCAGCGUUUCCGUGCAAGACGUCGCGAAAGCAGCCGUGGCGGCGGCAAAGUCGCAACCACCACCUCCUGGGUUAAAAGCUGCGCUUUUGCGCGAUUCAGAUUUCCUGGCAACGCUCGGACGCGCGGCGUCGAAAGAAACCGCGGAGAAGAAAAAAGAGGUUUCUACGCCGACCGAAGACGAAGACGCGAGCAAAGAGACGAGAGAAGAGAAACUUUUAGCCAUGGCACGCGAAGCGAGCGAACGAAUGGAAGACGACGAAAACGACGAUUACGAAAACCAACGCGAAACGGUGUAUCCGCCUGGAUUUGACGGUGCCGACGGCGACGGCGGAGAAACCAUCGACGGCACGCACAUCAGUUCGGAAUUUUACUCUCGAUCCGCUGGAUACUUAUCUUUUGUAGAGAACGAUUGGACCGAAGAAGAUGCCAUGCGACAGAUGGGUCUGAAGAACGUUCCGGAUUACUACUCGGAUGAAGUGCUCUCGUCGCCAGAUGAAGAGGAGGAGGAUUUCAUAGAAGCGACGACAUCGGAACGAGGAGGAGACGAGGAAGAGCAAAAGUUGCCCAAACCAGUCACUUUGUUUGAUUUCGAACAGAGAGACGAACAAGUCGCGCCUUUGGAAAGUCCAAAAACCUUUCCAGACCGAAUGGCAGAGUUAGAAGAACAAGAGCAAAAACAAAAACAAAACGUCGCCAUCGCCACGAGAAAGACUGAACACCUCGAUCUUUGGCAAAAGUUCCCCGAGGAUUUGCCGGAUACGAAACAAUGGGAGCUCCAUCGACUCGCCGGCGUGGAUUAUCUGGUUGCAAAAAUGGAGGACGGUCGCCUGGAUUUCAACGAAGUUAUGAAAGUUAAAAGAGACGAAUACACCGGUCGGUGCACGUCCAAACUGGAACGCGUGGAUACAUCCGGUCAAGUAAAAGGAAACUCUCUUCAGCCGACGCACUACGCGCCGAUACACUGGACGGAACAACACCACGAAUUGAAGGAAGGAUGGGACGAAACGAACCCAGAUCCGAGGGCGUUGUCCACGUACACCCGAGAGUGGGAACGCACGACGAAGGUUUAUUUAGUUCCUAAAAGCGGCGACGACAUCAACGCCACGCUCGAUUUCACCAAACCGUUGAUUUUAUUCACCAACGGCGAAUCUUCCGACGACAUCUUCCAAGUUCACGACGCCAUCUCCGGCGCGCGAGAAAACCCAGACGGUGUUUUAGUUGUCAAAAAAGGCGAGCUCACCGUGGUUCCACAAACGAGCGUGCCUGGCUACGAAGAACUCAUUCAAAACUGGGAGCAAGAGGUGAACUGGUCCGAAGAGAAGAAGAAUUUCAACGAAGAUUUCUACCGAGAGAUUGACUUCGACCAAGACAUUGGCGACGAGACGCCCGAGAUUGAUUUGAUUUGA